UACAGAUUAAAACUUUAGUUUUAGUUCAUAUGUUUAGCUUAUUCGUAACAGUCGUGAAAAUUCAAAGAUCAUCAUCACACAUAUUAACCGUUUCAUUCAGCUAACAACUAAACAACUUAUAAAAUAGUAAAGAGUGCAGGAAGCGCGGCUAAAUUUCGGACGAAAACGUUGGACGGAACGGUAAUCCCAGGACUUUUGGUGGGUCGGAAGAUGUCGCAAGCGAUCAUGGUCGCCACUACCGCUGUUAUUUUGUUGCUGGUCACCGGACAAACGGUACUGAUGGUGGUUACCGCCGCCACAGGUCGUCAGCAGGACUUUGACAGCGUCCGUAGUGGCGAUAGCGGAAUGAAGUCGCUGAACAUCGAGCUGAUAAAAUUGUCUAUACUUAACAAGCUGGGCAUGCAGCAACCACCGGAGUUUGGCGAUCAACUACCAUUGAUAGUUCACUUGCAAAAGUACAAAAAUAACAGUGGCAGUUCCACGGCGACGCUUCCGCAAUUCCAGCACGGGUCGUACCGCCUAAAUUCGACCGGAAACAGCACUAUUAACAACUACAACAGCGACGACGACGAUGAUUAUCACGUCCAGACCCAAAAACUCAUAGCGUUUGCUCAGCCACAUCCCACGAUGCAGAAUUUACAAGGACAUUAUCCACUUUACUUUACGUUUUCCGAUCAAACUCGUCAUUAUCGGAUCACUAAAGCAAUCCUUUGGGUGUACAAGAGACUUUUGGACGUGAUCAUCGACAACUCGGUGGUUAUCAUCGACGUAUACAAAAUUAAUUCAAACAACUUACAACAGUCAUUAGUUUCCAGCAUAAAACGGGUACUCAAUACCAAUGAACCUGGUUGGGUACCCAUUGAGCUACAGAGAAACAUGUCCGAUUGGUUUAAGACCAUGGAUAGAGCCAAGAACUUGACAUUAGUGGUACAUGCAUAUUACCUUAAUAAGAAUACCACGCAUAACAAGAUGCCGUACAUAACGGAUGCCAAUAAAGGAGAUGAAAAUAUGACCGAGAUCCCGUACUUGGAGGUGCACACCCACCGUGGAUAUCGUAACAGACGGGAAGCAUGGGACAUCAAAUCACCGACGUGCGACAAUAGGACCAAAGCGCAACCCCAGUCCCGAUGCUGCAGGUACCCGGUGCGGAUUAAGUUUCGGGACUUUGGUUGGGACUGGAUCAUCAUGCCCAGGUCAUUCACAUAUUACUACUGCUUAAGAGAUUCGAACACAGCAGAGUGCAGUUUAUCGCAAGGAUUACAGAACUCCACCAUCGGCCAGUGUUGCGUGCCACGUAAGACGUCUAAUAUUACCUUACUGUACGUGGACAGCUCAGGUAUAAUGAACUCGACGGUGAUACCCGACAUAAUAACGGACGUGUGUGGAUAAGAAGGCUUAAACUCCAAAGGUGUGCGUUCACUGUUGUGACAGUUUUUAUACACAUGAUAAAUACACAUAGACUAAUAAGAGUAUAAACCUAAGUAUAAUAAAUACGAUUGAUCACGUUUGUUUGGAUAAACAUACGUAGUAUACCAUCAUUACUUUAAAAUUAUAAGAAGUGUCCUUGUUGUACUUACCUUUAAAUAUGUUGUCAUAUUGUUUAAAUACACAAAAGUUACCCAAUGCUGUAUAA